CCGUGUAAUGGACGACACAAAAGGGUCAAACACUUUCCUUCAAAAGGAAGGCACGCCUUAAACAAUGGCUCUGUCAACUCUACUACACAUCCACUCCUCUCCAAUUCUUCCCCUGCAAUUCUUUCACACCCGAAACCUCACCCCAAAACCCCUAAUUCUCAAUCGAAACCCUAACUCAGCAAAUCGACCCAAAAUGUUGGCCAAUGCCGUUUCGGUGCCGGGAGCAGUGUCUGAGAUAGUGACCCUGAUCCAAUCGGCCCCUCCUACUUGGAAAUCAGCUCUCUUAAGCAACGUAGUGAUCUUCAUCUUGGGGUCUCCGAUUCUUGUCGCUGGAUUAUCCCUCUCCGGCAUUGGCGCAGCUUUCUUGCUCGGCACCCUCACUUGGCGAGCUUUUGGCCCUACUGGGUUUCUUCUAGUCGCCUCCUAUUUCAUUUUAGGCACAGCAGUGACAAAAGUUAAACUGGCACAGAAGGAAGCUCAGGGAAUAGCUGAGAAGAGGAAAGGGAGAAGAGGACCAGGCAGUGUGGUUGGUUCUGGUGCUGCUGCUUGUGUUUGUGCUUUUCUUUCGAUAUAUGGAGUAGGGGGUAAGGCAUUUUCUCAGCUGUGGCGGCUUGCGUUUGUGGCAAGUUUAUGUACAAAGUUGAGUGAUACAGUCUCAAGUGAGUUAGGGAAGGCAUAUGGAAAAAUAACGUACCUAGUAACAACAUUCAAGGUGGUUCCAAGGGGAACAGAAGGGGCUGUAAGUGUUGAGGGAACCCUUGCCGGACUUUUUGCCUCAGUUAUUCUUGCCUCCAUUGGAUGUCUGAUGAGUGAGAUAGGUGCUUCUGAGGCAGUUAUUUGUGUGUUAGCUUCCCAGAUUGCCAAUUUUGGCGAAAGUGUAAUAGGCGCUGCACUCCAAGAAAAGGAAGGCUUUCGGUGGCUUAACAACGAUGCCGUCAAUGUAAUCAACAUAUCUGUUGGCAGCAUUUUGGCAGUCUUGAUGCAGCAAGUCGUACGUCGGAAUUGGAUCUUUUAGAUGCAUACCUAAGCCUACGACUAAGAGCCUCGAUGUGAGGAGUCUUGUAGAAAUCGAUCUGGUUAGACAUGAAAGAUUGUAUUAUCUUUGUUAGUUGUUGAUGAUGGAAUGAGAUUUGUAAUUACCUAUAUCUAGUUGUUUUUGUAUCGUCUGAUUUGAAAUUAGUAAUCGAGACAGUGAAUUGUGAAGUUAAAAUUAAUGGGGUGUGUGGGAAUCAACGUACUAUUUUGUU